CAGUUUUAUAGCAGUACGCGGCUGUUAAACGUGUAGAGUUGAUUUGUGUAGCGUUAAAUAGCGCACGCACAAAAAAACAACAUAUUUUCAAAAAAGAAGUAAUUCAAAUUGUAUUGUGAAUGCAAUAGAAAGUGCAAGUGUUUGAGCAAAAUUUUUGACAAAUUUAUUUUCUGCUUACAAGUUUCAACCAAAGGUCACAGUGUUAAUGGUUGAAGACGCGUAACUUCAGCGCAAGUGUGUGAAAUCCGCUCAAUAAAUUCAAAUUAUUUGCGUGAGUGUGAGAAAAUAUUCGCUUUUUUGUCAAUACUUUCUGGCAAUGUGCAAAAACCGGGGGUGAUUUGUCAUAAUUCUAACGUAAUUCCCGAUUCGCUACGCUAAAUUUUUAUCAACAGCUGAUAGUAGCAUUAUUUUUGCACAACAAACCAGAAAGACGCCCAGACACAAAGAAAGCACAAAUAAAAUACGCCAAAAUGCCGAAUGAAAGAGAACGGCUUGAGGAGCACAGUAAAUUUGUGCCUCACACACAUAAAUAUGAGAUUGUAUCGUCGAGCGAUAAGGCACAUCAACAGACGCAAAAUUAUCAGCAUCAGCACCAACAAGCCUUGCUACAACUACAGCAACAUAAUCAUAUCAAUCUUCAUCAUCAUAAUGCCCACAAUCAUCAUUUACAACAACAUUAUCCGCAGCCACGUCGCCGCUCGCGGCUCUCAUCGAUCGCUUCAUAUCUGUCAGCGGUGCCGGAUGAGAAGGCGGCCGUUCGUGGUGUCUUCCAUCAGAUUCUCUCCACCUGCGCUGUGCUGGUGCUCUCCGCCGCCUGUGGCAUGCCCAUCGGCUACUCAGCCGUCAUUUUGCCACAAUUAUCGGAUGUUAACUCGACCACAGCGGAGAUUGCCAUUGACGUUGAAAUGGGGUCGUGGAUUGCAAGCGUUCACAGUUUGGCAACACCUGUUGGCUCAUUAAUUUCGGGUUCUUUGGCUGAUUAUCUUGGUCGACGCUCCACAUUGCUGAUUUCGGUCGUUCCACUAUGCAUGGGUUGGUGUACACUGGCGUUGACUCAGUCCUUUGGCGUCAUCAUUCUUGGCCGUGUACUUUGUGGUUUCUCUACGGGAUUGCUCGGUGGACCGGGUCAGGUUUACAUCGCGGAAACCGCCGAACCAAACUUACGCGGUAUUCUCAUUGGAGCACCAUAUGUUUCCUACUCACUUGGUAUACUCAUCGUCUACUCAUUAGGCUCCGCGCUGCAUUGGCGUAAUGUGGCUUGGUGUGCAUGCAUAUUGCCACUUUGUGCAGCCGUUGCCAUCUUCUUGAUACCCGAAACACCCGCUUGGCUACUGCGUAACAAUAAGCAGGCCAAGGCGCAGAAAGCGCUAACCUUCUUGCGCGGCAGUGAGAUAAUCGCACGCAAGGAGAUCAAUGACAUGACCGAACGUUUAAGUAAAGAACGUGCCACCACGCGCACCAACGAGAACAUCUUCCAGCUUUGCACCGAACGUUGUGCUAUGAAGCCGCUUUUCAUUGUAAUCGUAUUUUCAAUACUGCAAAUGAUGUCCGGUUCGUUCAUUGUCAUCUUUUACGCAGUUGAUAUUAUUGCCGAUUUCGGCGCCGAUGUCGAUACUAAAUCCGCUGCCAUUUGGACAGCGGUGGUGCGCAUGCUCUGCUCACUCACGUUCUGUGUGAUUUUACUAUUCGUGCGUCGUCGUCGUAUAUUGACAAUUUCCAGUAUUGGUUCGGGUCUCAGUUGUCUGAUAUUGAGCAUAUAUAUGUAUGCACGUCUCGGUUUGCCGAAGAACAAUACGGAUGCGCUCGUCGCAGCCGGUUGUCUCUUCGCUUACAUUGCCUUCAACACAGCGAUUAUGGUGUUGCCGGGCAUUAUGAUUGGCGAACUCUUCCCAGCGCGUAUACGAGGCCGUACAGCGGGCGGGGUAUUUGCCGCAAUGAAUGUCAGUCUCUUUGCAUUAACCAAAAUCUUUCCGAUGGUGCAGUCGAUCAUAAAAAUGCGUGGUGUUUUUAUGGUUUUCGCAUUGUCCAGUUUUAUGGUAACCAUUUUCAUGGGUCUCUUCCAACCGGAGACGAAAGGACGUUCAUUGGAUCAAAUUGAGGACUAUUUCAAUGAGAAUAAUUGGUUAUGGUUCAAGCGUGACAAGAGAUACAAGGAGGUGGCAUUAAACGAGAAGGCCGAGAAGGCUGCACUGAGAGCGGAAGUUAAGGCCUAAGCCGUAAGACUUCAGACGCAUAUAACCUAAAAGCCAAAUUAUAUAGAGUUAAACUUAGUUGUAUUAUAUAAUAGUAUACAUACGUAUAAGAAUAGAAUGAACGUAGUAUAUUUUUAAAAGCUCAUAAAGACCAACGAAUUUCAGCAUUCAUGUGAUUUAAUAAAGAGUUAUUCCAGUGAUUACAAUGUGAUCAGACUUUGCAAUAAAUAAUUAUUUGAAAAUUCUACAAAUCGUAAAACCGAUUUGCAUUUUAAAUAAUGGUUUCCAAAUUAAUACUAAAAUUAACUCAAACUAAGUUAGUUACUAAGUCACUCAAUUACCUCGUAAAACUUGCUUUAUAUUUAGCUUUAACAUAUUAAUACUUCUUAAUGUUCUCUACGUACUUCUUUAGCUAUAACAACUUUUGAGAAAAAAAUGUAUAUAAUUAGAUUUUUAUUAAAUGCAUAUAAUAAAAUAUAA